AAUCUACAGCAACUUUUCCUUUAUUUCCUUCAAGAGUUAGGAAUCACUAAGGGUAUUGCAUUUGAGUGAAAGUUAGUGUACAACAUCACAAGGGCAGAGUAUUGCAUUUGAGUGAAAGUUACAAGUGUACAAGAACAAUGGCAACUCCAGUGCAAGUGUACGGACCAGCCUUAUCGACGGCGGUUUCCAGAGUGUUGACAUGUCUGAACGAGAAAGACAUUCCAUUCCAACUUGUUCCUGUCAACAUGUCCAAAGAAGAACACCGAAGCCCUGAUUUCCUCAAAAUCCAUCCAUUUGCCCAAGUACCUGCAUUUCAGGAUGACCACAUUUCCCUCUUCGAGUCUAGAGCCAUAUGCCGGUAUGUUUGUGAGAAACACAUAGAGAAAGGAAACAGGGAACUGUACGGUACAAACCCACUGGCAAAGGCAUCUAUAGAUCAAUGGUUGGAGGCUGAAGGACAGAACUUCAACCCACCCUCAUCAACUCUGGUCUUUCAGCUUGCAUUUGCUCCUCGAAUGAAGGUUAAGCAAGACGAAGGAGCAAUCAAACAGAGUAAAGAAAAGCUCAAGAAAGUGCUUGAUGUGUACGAUAGGAAGCUUGGGGAAACUCGUUACUUGGCCGGUGAGGAAUUCACACUCGCAGAUCUUUCGCAUCUUCCCAAUAUUCAUUACUUGGUGAGUGCUGAUGAUGAUACGGCUUCUCUCUUCACUUCUGAGAGAGAGAACGUGAGGAGGUGGUGGACGGAGAUAUCCGCGCGCGAGUCAUGGAAAAAGGUUGUUGAUUUGUACCCAAAACCUUGACUUCAGAUCAACAGAUUAGCUUUCUUUACUUUAUAUAUUUGCCAUUUCCAAUGUGGUUGUUGACACACCUCCUUUAUUUGUAUCUUGAAAAUCUACUAUUCUGGUCA